AGCCAUUUUGGCUCUAGCCUGCCCUGGUGCCAGGGUGGGCAGGAACGCGCCGUGCCUCUCCUUCUCGUAGGAGAGAGCGGCUCUGUCCUGCUCCCCGUGUCGCGGCCCCUGCCAUGGCGGCGUCGGGCGGCGGCACCAAGGGGAUGGAUCUACGGUCGGACGGCGCUGGACUGGUCAUCGCGAUGGCCGUCCAAGGCGCUGCUCAGGGAGCGGCGGCGGGCGGCGCCUCGCGGCAGGCGAUCGCGGCUGCCGUGGCCGCAGCGCUGCGCACCGCCUGGGCGCUCCUGGCGGACGGCGGCUCCGAGGAGGACGCCGAGCUCGCUAUGCGCUGGCAGGCCAUGGAGCCCGCCAUGCGCCAGCAGCUGCGGGGCGUGCAGGCGUGCGGCGCAGCCCGCGCCAGGCGCAACGUCGGGGCGCACGUGGUCCUCGGCAAGGGCGUGGAGGCCCUGCGGGAGGCCCUGGUGCGGCCGCAGCGCGCCCAGCGUGGCGGACGCUGCGGGCCCCGCGUGCCGGCGCAACCGGACCUGGCCGAGGCGGGCGGCGGCGGCUCGUCCCCGCCCUCUCCGCCCAUGGUGCCGAGCGCGGCGGUGGCCACGGAGGUGGGCGGGAACCCCUUCGACGACCACGCCGACGACACCAUGCUGGAGGGGUCCGUCGGCGACGGCGCGGAGCUGGACGUGGACGUGUGCAAGGGCACCGACCAGGUCGUGGACAGCACCGAGGCGCGCGCGGACGCGAGCGAGCAGGAGCACCAGAGCCCCUUCGGGGAGGACACGGUGCUGGGCGAGGUCCCGCCCUUCCCGCAGCUCAGCGCGGCGGUGGGCGAGGAGGCCGUCGGAGGCCCCUUGGAGAGUAUCGUCGGCGCCGAGCUGCAGGGUCAGGAGAGCGAGGAGGCGACGAACGACGACGACUUCGUUCUCCCCUCGAUCCUCGCCAAGAUGGAGGGGUCGAUGGAGGCCCAGCGGCGGUCCCAGGCCAGCCUCGUGGAGGACCUGGCCAAGUUGCGUGCCCUCAGAGCGCAGGAGCUAUCCGUGGCUCUGCGCAGUGGGGUGGCGGGCGCCGUCGACGAGGCCAAGGUGCGCUUUCGGGCCGCCGUGGAUCGGCUCCGUCUGGCCGAGGCCGCCUUCGACAACAAGAUGGCCACCUUCCAGCGGCAGUGCGAGGUCCUGCAGCGGGCGUCCCAGCGGCGGUGACGGUCUCGCUGAGGGCUGAGGCCGUGGAGGGGUCAGCAGCAAGAGUGCCAGCUGCGUGGAUGGCCUCGCGGAUGCUGGGAUGGCCGUUGCGCCUCUGCCCGUCGUCGGGGUGCGGGUUCCGCCUCUGAGAGGGCCCCAGCGGUAGAGACAAUGCCCCCCUUGGCGCGGUGUCCGCCGUGGCUGAGGGGCCUGAGGGGGCGGUCCCUCGGGGUGCCUGGGCCCGCAUUCGCCGUUGGCGGGGCCUGGGCACGGCGCGUGUUCUCGCUUCUCAGCCCCCCUUGGCACCAGGCUGAGGGGCCCAGGGUGGGGCGCGGCCUCGAGGGGGCCCUUUCGCUCUGCACCCUGGGGAGUUCGGCGGGGGCGCUGCCCGCGGCUCGGCUCCGCACAGGCUCGGCAGGCGAUGACCUUCGCUCGAGAGCCCAGCGCACGGGCCUGGCGAGGUGUAGACGCCCCAGGCUGCCGAGGCACCAAAGCACCA